CGCUUCAACAUUUUCAAAACAUUUUACGCCUCUCUCUCAAAAUUCCACCUCUCCCCCCAAAAUCCCCAAAUACCCAAAUCUCCAAAUUUCAACUUUUCAGUCAAGAUUUCUUCACAAGAGCGCCCCCGCUCGCUCUAACCAAAUUCAAACCUCCGCAUCAAUGGCGGCAUUCCCAUUUCCACCUUAUAUACUCAAUCCUAUUUGCUAUCUCUCACCAACAACAUCUCACCUCCCAUUAUUCUCCUGAGCUCUCUCUCUCCCCUCUCUAGUUUUUCCUCGCCCCUCCAUUUCCGCAUCCUGCAAUGGCGGACCAAGGGAACACCAGGAGGGUCACGCGCUUGGCUGCGAGGAAGAGAGCUGCCGAUGAUACAAUGGUCGCCGAGAAUAGCAAGAAGAAGAGGGUUGUGUUGGGCGAGAUUCAGAAUGUCUUGUCUUCUCGCGAUCAGAAUGUUCGUGCUGUGAAUGAUAAGCCGAAAGGCAAAGCCCGGAGGAAUUUGAAACUAGGGGAAGCUAAGGAGGCGAAGACUGAGACCGAUCCCGCCAUUGAUUUGGACGGGAAAUCUGAUGAUCCGCAGAUGUGUGGAGCUUACGCUUCCGAUAUCUAUGAAUAUCUUCACAGUAUGGAGAUGGAGGCUAAGAGGAGACCGUUGUCGGAUUACUUAGAGAAAAUUCAGAAAGACUUAACUGCAAACAUGAGAGGGGUUUUGAUUGAUUGGUUGGUUGAGGUGGCUGAGGAAUACAAGCUUCUGCCGGAUACAUUGUAUCUCACUGUGUCCUACAUUGACAGAUUCUUGUCGUGCAAUGCUCUUAACAGACAAAAGCUUCAGCUGCUCGGCGUUUCUUCAAUGCUCAUUGCCUCGAAAUAUGAAGAGAUUACUCCUCCACAUGUGGAUGACUUUUGUUACAUAACAGAUAAUACAUACUCGAAGGAAGAUGUGGUGAAAAUGGAGGCUGAUGUGCUUAAGUCCCUCCGGUUUGAAAUGGGAAAUCCCACAGUGAAGGCAUUUCUUAGAAAAUUCACCAGAAUCUCUCAAGAACAUAGUGAUACAUUGAACUUGCAACUAGAGUUCUUGGCUUAUUAUAUAGCAGAGUUGAGUUUGCUGGAUUAUGGAUGUGUAAAGUUCUUGCCUUCUAUGGUGGCUGCAUCAGUCAUGUUCCUAGCAAGGUUUACACUUCAGCCAGAACAAAGUCCAUGGAAUGUGGAACUAGAAUCUAGUUCAGGAUACAAAGCUGCGGAUCUUAAAGAAUGCGUUACCAUCCUUCAUGAUCUGCAAUUGAGCAAACGAGGGGGCUCUUUGGUUGCCAUAAGGGAGAAAUACAAUCAUCACAAGUUCAAAUGUGUGUCGGUGUUGUCCUCGCCUGCAGAAAUCCCAGAGUCCUUUUUCCACCAGUAAAAAAGCUUACCACAAGUCUUGAAGCCUUGAACAUCAAAGAAGUGUACAUAAAAGACCUAGAAUUUUCAUCAGUGAUUAGUUUUGUAUUUAGUGAAAUUAGUGACAGUGCUAACAAGGUAGGCUUCAGCAUGUUCUCUUAUCAGUAGAAGUAUGGAGCUUUUUUUGUUGCUCUGCUUAGGAUUUUUGAUCUAGGCUUGGUAUAUUGGAAAGAUGUAAGACUUUGUCUCUUGAAUUCGUAUUGAUAUUUCUUGUGA